CGAAAAUUUCACAAAAGCAUAACGAAAAAUACCAACCACACCAACCUUUCCCAUGAUCUAAAAAGAAAGAAAAAAAAAAAUCAGUAUUGCCAUGACGACAAAAAAAGGAACAAAAACAAAAAAAUAAAAACAAUAAAGAAAGCUGAAAGUUUCUGAAGUCUCUCUGCAACAUUUAAUAGAUGCGACAGUAAACAUAAGAACACCAAACAAAAACGUGAUCAGCGACGGCAACGAAGACGGCGAAGAAUACGGCGGACACGAGGAUUCCCAACGAUCAGAUUCUUUGACAUUCCACGGCGGCUUAGAUAUCAGCUUCUCCGAUCCGCUCUCUCUGUUUGUGUAAAUCAUGGUGAUCGCGGCUGCUUCCUCUUUUUCCCUCGGUCCAUCUCAUUGCCAUCAAUCUUACACGGAUGAGUUCUCUUCCUCCAUACCUUACAAAAGAACCAGCAAUGCAAGAAAUCGUGUGUUUGAUGGAUGUGGCUCUGCUAAUCUCUCUGUUUUAAGUUCCAGAUGCAAGAUUCCUUUUUUUGGAUCAGCAUUUCAUGUAUCAUCCGGUGGACAUGAUCUCGGCCUCACGAAAGUUUCGGUUGCUGCUGAUUAUUCUGAUUCGGUUCCUGAUUCAUCUUUCUAUGGAUAUCAUCCUCUAGAAGAUUUGAAGCCGUCCAAAAGAGUCCAGGAGACAAAGCUCUCUGCUUCUGAAGUUGCAAGGACUACCGUCGAGGCGAACAGCAGUGCUGUGCUGGUGUUUCCUGGAGCUAUUCACUGUGAACCACACGAUCAUAAUUCAUGGUCCGAAUUUAAGUAUGUCAUUGAUGAUUAUGGAGAUAUCUUUUUUGAAAUUCCUGAUGAUGAGAACAUCUUAGAAGAUCCUGGAGCUAGUAAUCCAGUGAAAGCCUUUUUUGGAAUGGAUGUCCCGCGAUACGAAAACACACGGCACCAUGAGGAAUAUAACAUUUCAGACAUUGGUAAUCUUGACCAAAUUAUUUUUGAUGACCAUUAUUUCGAGAUUAUGGAUUCUGAAGCUAGAGAUAUUCCGAUAGAUUGGGGAAUGCCUGACACCUCCAACGGUGUUCAUCCUAUUUACUUUGCCAAACACCUGUCGAAGGCCAUCAGCAUGGACUAUGACAGGAAAAUGGACUAUCCAUCUAAUGGUGUAUCCAUACUUGGAUGCCUUAGGCCCGCUUUCCUUGACGAGGAAUCUUAUAUAAGAAGAUUAUUUCUUUCGGAAGAUAGAGAUGACUAUAGCUGGGAGGUUCAAGGUGAUGAUAAUCCAAUCACUAGUUCCAGACGUGACGAGAAUGAUAUGAGUUCAAGUCUAUAUAGAUUAGAGAUUGUGGGAAUAGAGCUUCUCUCCCUCUAUGGAGCAGAGUCUUCUAUAAGUUUGCAAGAUUUUCAAGAUGCUGAACCAGACAUCCUAGUGCACUCUACUUCUGCAAUCAUCGAGCGCUUCAACAACAGGGGGAUUAACUCCAGCAUUGCACUUAAAGCUCUCUGCAAAAAGAAGGGUCUUCAUGCAGAGGAAGCUAACCUGAUCAGUGUUGAUAGUCUUGGUAUGGAUGUGAGAGUUUUCGCAGGUGCACAAGUCCAAACUCACCGUUUCCCUUUCAAAACCAGGGCUACAACAGAAAUGGCAGCAGAGAAGAAGAUCCACCAGCUACUGUUCCCUCGUUCACGCAGAAGGAAGUUGAAGUGUCAUGACGAGAGUUUGAAGGAUGCAUUUCGUUAAAAAAACCGUUGCUGAUCAAAGUCACUAAACUAGAAAAUGAGGAAACAGAGAAGAAGCUGUUUUGCCACUGGAUCUGUCUAGUACUUAUACGAGUUCUUUGGCCUGGCGAUUGUGUACAUAACGAUGAGCUUUAAAGUGACUGUUCUAGAACUGUGUGGAGAUUCAGCCUCUUACGUUUUAGUAGUAAGUAAACUAAAUUAAACCCAAGAAUAAAGAGAAGUUGAUACAAUUGAAGUAACUUCUAUAAUAGUCCAAUGUUGUUCUUACAAUGUAAAUCUUCGUUUAUCUUUACAAUCAAGAUCAAAUAAAGCCCUUUUUCUCACUCUUUACAGUCACCAACGGUGUCCUUACUUUUCUCCACUCAAAAGAUCCUUUAUUUUUGCUGGAUGCAAUAAUAUAAUAUCACACAGUCGAUGGAAUUGACAAAAACCUAUGUGGUUAGGUUCCCGGCUCAUCAUCCUCACCUAACAACUUCCUCUGCAUAGCCGCCUCGUCGCCCACUUCUUCAAAUCUGUGUUCCUCUUGAUCUUUCUCCUUCCUGAGAAGCAUCCAACAUGGGAAAAAUGGAGAAGAAUAAUAAGUUCAUUGAUGGAUUGUUUAUUGUACUUGAAAAAUGAUUAGAAAAGACUGUACAUGGAGUAUAUGAUCAGUCCAGUAGCUGUAGUAGCAAAUGCCAAGAAGUAGAGCCAAUCAACCUGGUAUUAACAUCAUUAGCUGAUUUCUACAGAUAGAAAAUGUAAGGGUUUCCUGAUGUUUGAUAUUCAAAGUGAGCAGACCUUCUCGUGGUAACCAAAAGUGCGGAUCAAAACAGCCCACAUAUCUGAUGUGA